AUGGCAGUCAUCAUUAUUCGUAUUCGAUCAAAGGACGGACAAGCUCGAGUUGAAUUGGACUCUAAUGCUGAUGGAAGAACACUACGGAAAAAGAUACUUCAAGUCUUGCAGUUAGACGACUCGACUCAAUUGGCUGCUGCACUAGAUCCACAAGGUGCAAAGCUAGUGGAUUUACAAUCUAAUUCGAAUGUCGCUUCGUUAGGUUUGGGGAAUGGAACAAUGCUAUACGUGGAAUACGUAAAAAGUAGCACAACCAAUGGUCAUACUUCGACUGCAGGAGGUGCUACUGGUGCUGAAUCCGUGGUUGCAGCCGCCGUCAUUCAAGAUCCUAUAGAUAAUGAAAUGGAAAAACAACCAGGAACGAUUCCAAGGCCCAAAGAUCCACUGUACUGCAAACAUGGUGAUCGAGCCAUGUGUGACUACUGCUCUCCACUCGAGCCAUACGAUGCAAAGUAUCUCGAAAAGAAUAAAAUCAAACACAUGUCCUUCCAUGCAUAUCUCCGUCAGGUCACUAAUCAAAACAACACCGCUCCUAUAACAUCUCCCAAAUUCAUACCGCCUCUCGAAGAACAAAGCUUCAAAGUUAGGAAUCCUUGUCCCAGUCAAACACAUGGUCCAUAUCCUGCUGGAAUUUGCACAAAGUGUCAGCCAUCUGCAGUGUCACUCAAUCCUCAGCCCUUUAGGAUGGUAGAUUUUCUAGAGUUUGAAACACCAGGAUUGAUUGAUUCAUUUUUAUCAUAUUGGAGAAAGACGGGUGUACAACGAUUUGGUUAUCUAUACGGAAGAUAUGAACCCUACACCGAAGUCCCUUUGGGCGUCAAGGCUGUAGUUUCUGCUAUAUAUGAACCACCACAAGUCGGAGAACCUCAUGGAUUACAGCUGACUUUACCAGAUGCUCGUGAAGAGCAGGUUGAUCAGAUUGCUGCCUUAUUGGGCCUGCGGAAGGUUGGAAUGAUAUAUACGGAUUUGUUGGAUGAUGGAACAGGAGAAGGAACAGUAGUUUGUCGACGACAUGGCUCAUCCUACUUCUUAUCAUCCGCCGAAUGUAUAUUUGCUGCACAACUCCAGCUCAAGCAUCAAACUCCUUCAAAGUAUUCCGCAAGUGGCCACUUUGGUAGUCGUUUCGUCACCUGUGUCUUGUCCGGAAAUGAGGAUGGUGGUAUUGAUUUUCAAGCAUACCAAGUCUCAAACAUGGCCAUGGCGAUGACUCGUGAUGAAAUCAUUGAAGCAUCUGUGGAUCCAACAAAAGUCCGAGUUCGCGAAUCAACACCAGAGCUUUAUGUCCCAGAAGUAUUCUACAAGUAUAAGAAUGAAUAUGGUAUUAUGGUACAAGAAGCUGCCAAACCUACCUUCCCCGUCGAGUAUCUUCUUGUGACGGUAUCCCAUGGAUUCCCCAUCAACCCUGUGCCAACGUUCACAGCUCCAGCACCGUUCAUUAUAGAGAAUCGUGAUGCUCUCGAAGCACAGCAUCAAGAUCUAGGAGCUGCUCGACAACACUUGGAAAAGGGACCAUUGGUCUCGACGUUGUCUGACUUCCAUCUCAUUGUAUAUCUUUACUCGUUGUCCAUUCUGGAUGAGAUUCCAUUCAGACUUGCUUGCAAUAUAGCCAGAACGCACUCGGAAACAGAUGCACAAACUUUGAUACACACAGGUGCUUGGCAAACUCUGACAAUGAUACUACAGGAAGCUCCAAUUAGUUCAGGACCAAGUGGUUUUGGGAUGAGUGGUGGGUCAUCGUCAUCAGCAGCUGGUGCUAGUGAUGGACCAACAUGGAGCUGUCCACAUUGUACUUUUGCCAACCCAGCACGAAAUCAUGACUGUGGGAUGUGUGGAUUGCCGAAAUCGUAA